AUAUGUUUAUUUAUAUAGAUAUACAUAUAUAUUAAAGAACUAUAACGUUACGCUAAUAAUGUAAUAUUACACCAAAAGCAUAUAAUUUGCUCAUAAAUUAAAAAGUCAGGAUAGUGGGUACCAAUCCUCUUUACAAGGUUUCUGUACAUUCUGUCGCUUAUAGCGUAAACAUACGAGUGUUGUUUCUAACUUGGAGGAAGAUCAUUGGUCGAGAAGCUUCACAUGGACGUCGUUGAUUGGUUGAGGUUAUGUCAUGGAGUCUGCUCAUUGGUUCAAUGAUUUGUUUUGGUGUGACGUCAUAUUUAGGGCUCUAUCCUGCUGAAUAUUUUCAUUACUUUCUCUAAAAUACGAUAAUUUACUCUCAGUUCUUAUGAAAUACAUAAUUUUUCGAUCAUUGUUUUCGCAUUUUCUUUCUAAAUACGAGGGUAUUUAUUCAUGCUAAAUAAAUACUUUCAAAUAUUUUUUUUAGCCUACUUGAAUCAACUUAGCAAGAAGACUUACAGUUUGAAACAUGAUACUAGAACUUUGGGCUACUCCUCACCUCGCCCUACAAGUACAGUGGACAGGGCUUUUGAUGAUGAGUUGACUUCAUCUAACGAAAGUGAUUCUUCAGUAAGAAAAGACAAGUUGUGUAGUCCGAUACACAGAAAAGGAAUAGACUCUGACUCAAACAUAGCUACACCUAAUAAACAACAAAAAGAUCAUGGGCAUAAACAGACCUAUGACAAAAUAAGUAACCUAGAAAAAAAAUAUAUAAAAAACUUUAGACCCAGUAAUGAUGUUACGGAUGUGCAUAAUUAUAACAAUUCAUUACUCCGACACAAGGCAAUGAUCAGCUCUGAUAAACAGGCUCAUUUUAAUGAGCUUUCAAAAUUGACUGUCAGACAAGUGAACAUUGAUUCCAUGCAAGUGCCUGACAGGAGAAAGCCUCAACUAGUUAGCAUUACUUCGUCGGUUGAUGAAGAGCUAGCACAGUAUUUGAAUGAAACUUCUUUAACAGAUGAACUUGAUGGGAAGUUUCAGGAUGCUGCUGCUGUUACAAAGAACCAUUCCUUCACUGAAGAAUGUAAUACCAUUAAUGAAUUAAUUAAUUUUGAUAAUAUAUUGACUGUAGAUGAUGUUUUGGGUCAAAUGACUGACAGUGAAGAUAAAGCUUAUCAUAAUCAUGUUAGUGUCAGAUGUGAAAAUAAAAUUGCAGGCAACUCCAAAAAUUUAGUGAAUGAUGAGUCUGAAGCUGCUAAAGAGUAUAAUAUCAUUGCAAGUGAUAAAACUGCCCAGUUUAUUGAAACUAAGAAUACAAAUACUUUGCAAGCUAAAUUAUCAGAAACUAUUAAAGAUGAUCUUACUCAGAAUUCUAAGCAGGCAGAAAGUCAUGCUGGCAAUGAACGAGAGAGAAACAUAUUGUUAAAUUUCAGGGAGUCUUUCUUUUAUUCAGGCACCCAGCAAGAUGAGGCAGAUAGUCAGAGUCAACCAGUGGGAGUACUUUUAGCUCAAACUAAAAGUGAUAUCUUCCAUUCUUCACGAAGAAAUUCUAAAAUAGAAUUUAAGAGAGAGGAUAUAAUAAAAUCCAAAAUAUUAAAAUGUCAUAUUAAAAAUAAAAAUAAAGUAAUGCAGAAUGUUUCUUCUGAGGAGAGUGUUGUAGAGAGUAUGGCAACUUCCAUUAAGAGCAAUAGUGUUGAAUCAGUAGUGGAAAGUGAUCAUAGAACCAUUUCUAGGAUGGACCAGCAUGUUGAGAACGCAGUCACAAGUGACUGUGAAAGUCGUACAGGAGUUAAUUGGACUGGGGAAAAAAUACAAAGCAACAAAUCAAGGAGCAGUUCAGAAACUGAACAAAGUUUACCUAUAAAGGCAGUUACAAAAAAGUGUUUGCAAAAUCAUAAUUUGGAAACAAAAUAUAUUAAAAGGCAAUCUUCAUUACUACAUAAUUGGCAAGACUCUUCACAUCAGAGCAGUAUUUGUGACUCCAGGGAUAUUUCAGAUAAUGAGGGAAGUAUAAAAUAUAAACAGCCUAGGAGUAAAACAUCCAAACAUGCAAAAAAGUACAAGCAACAUCAUUCAAAAAGAAAAAAGGCCAGAACCCCUGCAUCCAGUUCAUCGAGCGAUAGUGAGAAUUCUGAUUCUGAAUUAAAUCAACGCCGCAGACACCAUUCACGGCAUAAUAAACACAAAUCGAAACCUGCUGACAAUCCCUGGUUUGGACUGCCAUAUAUGCAACUAUGGCCUAACCACCACCAACAGUAUGCAGCAUCAACAGGAAUUUUUGCUCAUUAUCCUAGUCCUCUUGUAGCAGAAGGUUUGUUUGGAAUGUGUGGUAUGGUUGGUGUUCAUGACUUGAUGCAGCAACAAGUAGCUUUAACAAGACAAUUUCUCGACAGUCAGCAGAAACUGCACCAGGCCUAUUCUGCCACUCUGAGUUCCUCACACCGCUACACUUCUCUCAGAAGCACAGAAAAGGGUAAAAGAAGCCAGAGAUCCACUAGAGAAUUUAUGCACACUCCAAUACAACCAUUGACUUUAGUACCAGAACCUCAAAUCAUCCACUUCUGCCAACAACCAACAACCAUCCACCUCAGGCCAUGCAUCUCCACUCUCUUCACAAUCACUGACAUACACCAGCAACCACAAUUUAAGUACAUAAAGAUGAAGAAGAAACCCCCACUAACAUUCAGUGAUGCUUACAAGUUAGUCAAAGAAGAAAUGAAGGCCUCAGAAGAAUGAUACUGCUGAAUCAAAAUGUUAAUUAGCUAUGUUGUUCAGUAUUUUUACUAAAGCAUGUUGAUACUACAAUUCACAAGCUUAUUUCCAUAUGAAUAGCUAAAGUAAGUGUAAAGCACUUGUCAGUGCUCAGUAAUAACCCCCAUGGAGACACUCUCAGAAAAUUAAUUGGGCUAUAUAUUUUGACCCAAGCAAGGGGUUGAAAUAUACAGACCAGUUAAUUUUCUGAGUUUCUGUCUCCAUGUGGGUUAUUAUUAUUUCCAUAUGUAUUGGCAUACAGGUAUUAAAAUUCACACUAGGUAAUUUUCUUGAAAUACUAUGCACUGCACAUGGAAGGCGUGCUGAACAUGCCACCGAUGAAUAUUGCUCCACUGUACACACACUGAUCUAGUAUUCCAGAAUUUCUAUUAGUACAUUCUAACCCCAGUCAGUUAAAUGAGUCAGAAAGCUGGGAAACGAAUGAAACUUUCUAUUAUUUAAAUGGUAUCCUCUGAUAUGUCAUUGUAAGGAUAUAUAUGUUGGAAAAGAAAGAAAAGAUGAAGACAAGUAGCUCAACAGGGUAUGUUAAUAGUGCAAGAGAGAGGGUUACAUAUGUGGAAGGAAAGUGUAGGCUUUGAAGAGUGCUUUGACCUGUGAGAUAGCUCACUGCCCUUGACAAAAAGUAUAUACCGUACAUUAGAAUACUAAAGACAAAAUCUUUGUAAAAUAAAAACUUAUUGCAAACACACACAUACAUGCUACCAUAAAGUUAAAAUAAUUCACAUAAGUCAAAAUACUUGUUGAAUUGUUGAUGUAAGAAGACACCUAAAAUUUCUCUAAGUCACUGUGGAUAGUUAAAAUGUGCUCUACAGUCAGCUGCCCACACAUCACACAAGAGCCACCUGCAAAGAGUUGGCUGUGGACCAAGUGUGUACCUGAUUGUCUGUCGAGUAUCAGGGAGAGAUACUUAUUGAAAGAGGUACCAUGGGACUUAAACAUUGUAUACAAAGAUUUUAAAAUAACCCUUUAUACCCCAAUAGGUGUAAUCAGUUUGUGAACAGUGAUGUAAUACAGUAAGUACAAACCAAUACCACUAUCAAUAUUUAACUUUUAAUAGGAAAUAAAACAGUACAUUGCAAUACAUCAUGCAAGAAUAAAAUUUUGUAUAUCUUUCGUGUGUAAAAUUACAAAAAAUAUGUGAUCAGGCAGAUGUGUGGUAAAUACUUGUCAGUAAUUUACAUAUUUAAACUGUAAUUACAGUCCCCUCAAAGAAGGUUCCUUUAUGUGGAGUCGAUGUGUUCAGUCCAUCAAUCUUGUAGAAUGUACAGCAUAGGGCCGUAGACGUGGCUUAUAUACAGUGGACCCCCGCAUAACGAUUACCUCCGAAUGCGACCAAUUAUGUUAGUGUAUUUAUGUAAGUGCGUUUGUACGUGUAUGUUUGGGGGUCUGAAAUGGACUAAUCUACUUCACAAUAUUCCUUAUGGGAAUAAAUUCGGUCAGUACUGGCACCUGAACAUACUUAUGGAGUGAAAAAAUAUCGUUAACCGGGGGUCCACUGUACUGUAGUGAGGUGAGGUGAAGCAGGCGGAGGCGGGGUCAUAGUGGUACCAUCCACUAGUCGAAGUAGGUCUUGGUCCAAAGGUUGAACAAGUGUUGAAGAAUUCUUUGUAACAAGAUCCCAUGAUGCUGCUGUGUCUGACAGUUGUGAUGAAUGGUUUGAAAAACCGACAAGUUGAAGAUUGAGACACUUAUGCAGCAUAUGCGAAUCUUUAUUCAGGAAACGUUUCGCCACACAGUGGCUUCAUCAGUCCAAUACAAAGGGGAAGGCUUAACCCUUUGAGGGUUUUGGUCGUACUAGUACGUUUUACGCGUAGGGGUUUUUGACGUACUAGUACUCAUAAAUUCUAGCGGCCUCAAAUCUAGUGGGAGAAAGCUGGUAGGCCUUCAUGUGAAAGAAUGGGUCUAUGUGGUCAGUGUGCACAGUCUAAAAAAAAUCCUGCAGCACACAGUGCAUAAUGAGAAAAAAAAAACUUUGACCAUUUUUUUUUAAUAAAUCAGCGACUUUGCAGUGUAUUUUCGUAUGGUAUUUAUUGUUGUAUUCUAGUUUUCUUGGUCUCAUUUUAUAGAAUGGAAGACAUAUUACAGAAAUUGAGAUGAUUUUGACUGGUUUUACAAUGAAAGGUGUCUUGAAAUUGAGCUCAAAGUAGCAGAAAUGUUCGAUUUUUACCAAACUUCAAAAGUAAACAAAUCGUGCCAAGCAUGCAAUACACGUCAACUGGUGAGUCUAAUAUUCUUUUACAAGUGCACCAAUAAUAUUUAUACCAUUUUUUACACUAAUGCAGUAGUCUGCAUAACAGUAAAUCUUAUAUUUUUUGUGAGAAAAAAAAUUCAAAGUGGAAAGCAAAAGGAUAUAAGAGGGCCCUUGAGACGUGACUAAUGACUAGAGGAAAUGUCAUUUUAGUGCCAGGAAUGUCUUUCUUGUUUAUUCUGGACCCUAUUCAGAAAUUGGCAUCUUUUGAAAUUUGUGUGAAAUUGGCAAAAUUGCUAAAUUCUGAACCACUGUACUGGAUAGUUGAAUUUAUAAAUGGGUGGUUUCUUGCACCCAUUCGAUAGAAAAAAUGGAGUUCUAGCGAAAUAUUCAUGUUUUUUUGUCGACUAGUACAGUGAAAUUGGCCGAAAAUGGGGCUCAAAGUGGGCAAAAUCGCCGAUGCGUAAAUAUCGCCGAGACCGCUAACUUUGCGAGAGCAUAAUUCCGUAAGUUUUCUAUCAAAUUUCAAACUUUUGGUGUCUUUAUGAUCGGGAAAAGAUUCUCUAUCUUUUCAUAAGAGAAAAUAAUUUUUUUUUUUUUUUAAAUUUGGCCGACCCUGAGAACGAGUUUCGGAGAGGGCCUGUCGACCCUCAAAGGGUUAAGGAGAGGAGGAGAAUGAGGUAAUCAGUCCCUCAACCUGGAGUCGAUGUGUUCAGUCCAUCAAUCUUGUAGAAUGUACAGCAUAGGGCCGUAGACGUGGCUUAUAUACUGUAGUGAGGUGAGGUGAAGCAGGCGGAGGCGGGGUCAUAGUGGUACCAUCCACUAGUCGAAGUAGGUCUUCGUCCAAAGGUUGAACAAGUGUUGAAGAAUUCUUUGUAACAAGAUCCCAUGAUGCUGCUGUGUCUGACAGUUGUGAUGAAUGGUUUGAAAAACCGACAAGUUGAAGAUUGAGACACUUAUGCAGCAUAUGCGAAUCUUUAUUCAGGAAACGUUUCGCCACACAGUGGCUUCAUCAGUCCAAUACAAAGAGGAAGGCUUAAGGAGAGGAGGAGAAUGAGGUAAUCAGUCCCUCAACCUGGAGUCGAUGUGUUCAAUCCAUCAAUCUUGUAGAAUGUACAGCAUAGGGCCGUAGACGUGGCUUAUAUACUGUAGUGAGGUGAGGUGAAGCAGGCGGAGGCGGGGUCAUAGUGGUACCAUCCACUAGUCGAAGUAGGUCUUCGUCCAAAGGUUGAACAAGUGUUGAAGAAUUCUUUGUAACAAGAUCCCAUGAUGCUGCUGUGUCUGACAGUUGUGAUGAAUGGUUUGAAAAACCGACAAGUUGAAGAUUGAGACACUUUUGCAGCAUAUGCGAAUCUUUAUUCAGGAAACGUUUCGCCACACAGUGGCUUCAUCAGUCCAAUACAAAGAGGAAGGCUUAAGGAGAGGAGGAGAAUGAGGUAAUCAGUCCCUCAACCUGGAGUCGAUGUGUUCAGUCCAUCAAUCUUGUAGAAUGUACAGCAUAGGGCCGUAGACGUGGCUUAUAUACUGUAGUGAGGUGAGGUGAAGCAGGCGGAGGCGGGGUCAUAGUGGUACCAUCCACUAGUCGAAGUAGGUCUUCGUCCAAAGGUUGAACAAGUGUUGAAGAAUUCUUUGUAACAAGAUCCCAUGAUGCUGCUGUGUCUGACAGUUGUGAUGAAUGGUUUGAAAAACCGACAAGUUGAAGAUUGAGACACUUAUGCAGCAUAUGCGAAUCUUUAUUCAGGAAACGUUUCGCCACACAGUGGCUUCAUCAGUCCAAUACAAAGAGGAGGAGAAUGAGGUAAUCAGUCCCUCAACCUGGAGUCGAUGUGUUCAGUCCAUCAAUCUUGUAGAAUGUACAGCAUAGGGCAGUAGACGUGGCUUAUAUACUGUAGUGAGGUGAGGUGAAGCAGGCGGAGGCGGGGUCAUAGUGGUACCAUCUACUAGUCGAAGUAGGUCUUCGUCCAAAGGUUGAACAAGUGUUGAAGAAUUCUUUGUAACAAGAUCCCAUGAUGCUGCUGUGUCUGAUAGUUGUGAUGAAUGGUUUGAAAAACCGACAAGUUGAAGAUUGAGACACUUAUGCAGCAUAUGCGAAUCUUUAUUCAGGAAACGUUUCACCACACAGUGGCUUCAUCAGUCCAAUACAAAGAGGAAGGCUUAAGGAGAGGAGGAGAAUGAGGUAAUCAGUCCCUCAACCUGGAGUCGAUGCUGCAUAAGUGUCUCAAUCUUCAACUUGUCGGUUUUUCAAACCAUUCAUCACAACUGUCAGACACAGCAGCAUCAUGGGAUCUUGUUACAAAGAAUUCUUCAACACUUGUUCAACCUUUGGACGAAGACAUACUUCGACUAGUGGAUGGUACCACUAUGACCCCGCCUCCACCUGCUUCACCUCACCUCACUACAGUAUAUAAGCCACGUCUACAGCCCUAUGCUGUACAUUCUACAAGAUUGAUGGACUGAACACAUCGACUCCAGGUUGAGGGAUUGAUUACCUCAUUCUCCUCCUCUCCUUAAGCCUUCCUCUUUGUAUUGGACUGAUGAAGCCACUGUGUGGUGAAACGUUUCCUGAAUAAAGAUUCGCAUAUGCUGCAUAAGUGUCUCAAUCUUCAACUUGUCGGGUUUUCAAACCAUUCAUCACAACUGUCAGACACAGCAGCAUCAUGGGAUCUUGUUACAAAGAAUUCUUCAACACUUGUUCAACCUUUGGACGAAGACCUACUUCGACUAGUGGAUGGUACCACUAUGACCCCGCCUCCGCCUGCUUCACCUCACCUCACCUCACUACAGUAUAUAAGCCACGUCUACGGCCCUAUGCUGUACAUUCUACAAGAUUGAUGGACUGAACACAUCGACUCCAGGUUGAGGGACUGAUUACCUCAUUCUCCUCCUCUCCUUAAGCUUUCCUCUUUGUAUUGGACUGAUGAAGCCACUGUGUGGCGAAACGUUUCCUGAAUAAAGAUUCGCAUAUGCUGCAUAAGUGUCUCAAUCUUCAACUUGUCGGUUUUUCAAACCAUUCAUCACAACUGUCAGACACAGCAGCAUCAUGGGAUCUUGUUACAAAGAAUUCUUCAACACUUGUUCAACCUUUGGACGAAGACCUACUUCAACUAGUGGAUGGUACCACUAUGACCCCACCUCCGCCUGCUUCACCUCACCUCACUACAGUAUAUAAGCCACGUCUACGGCCCUAUGCUGUACAUUCUACAAGAUUGAUGGACUGAACACAUCGACUCCAGGUUGAGGGACUGAUUACCUCAUUCUCCUCCUCUCCUUAAGCCUUCCUCUUUGUAUUGGACUGAUGAAGCCACUGUGUGGCGAAACGUUUCCUGAAUAAAGAUUCGCAUAUGCUGCAUAAGUGUCUCAAUCUUCAACUUGUCGGUUUUUCAAACCAUUCAUCACAACUGUCAGACACAGCAGCAUCAUGGGAUCUUGUUACAAAGAAUUCUUCAACACUUGUUCAACCUUUGGACGAAGACCUACUUCGACUAGUGGAUGGUAUCACUAUGACCCCGCCUCUGCCUGCUUCACCUCACCUCACUACAGUAUAUAAGCCACGUCUACGGCCCUAUGCUGUACAUUCUACAAGAUUGAUGGACUGAACACAUCGACUCCAGGUUGAGGGACUGAUUACCUCAUUCUCCUCCUCUCCUUAAGCCUUCCUCUUUGUAUUGGACUGAUGAAGCCACUGUGUGGCGAAAUGUUUCCUGAAUAAAGAUUCGCAUAUGCUGCAUAAGUGUCUCAAUCUUCAACUUGUCGGUUUUUCAAACCAUUCAUCACAAGGUUCCUUUAUGUUGGUGAGGGGCUCUUGAUCUAAAGAUUUCGACAAAUGCUUCAAUUCCUUUGAAUCAAGCCUGAAUGCCUUCCAUUCCCUAAAGCACUGUAUGACCCCUGUGGGUUUAGUACAUGUACUUCCCUUUCAGGGUCCGUCCCGUAAAUCUACGGCUGUGAGUGGUAAAUUUGGGCCUAGAUAUGAGAGAAUACAUCUAUGUGGUAUGUGUGCACCACAUAAAACAAAUCGUGUAGCACACAGUGUACAAUGAGAGAGAAAAAACUGAGACAGUGAUUUUCAAUUAAAACAACGACUUUACAGUGUUUUUUCGUAUGUUUUUUAUAGUUGUAUUUGCGAUUUCUUGGUCUCAUUUGAUAGAAUGGAAGAAAUAUUACAGAAAUAGAGAUGAUUUUGAUUGGUUUUAGCACUGGAAAUGGCAAGAAACUGAGCUCAAAGUAGCAGAAAUGUUAAAUUUUUGUUGAAGUUCAAGAGUAAACAAACAACCUCACACGUCUAAUACACGCCAGCUGGUGGGUCUAAUAUACAUUCACAAAUGUGGUGAUGAUAUUUAUACAAUUAUUACAAUAUUGCAUAACAGUAAAUCAUCUAUUUUUUGGUUUGAAUAAAAAUUCAUUAUG